UCUCUCACUCACCUGGAGGUGUCCACUGUGUUGGGCUGCCCACUCCAAGUUCACACUGCCUCAGGCAUCACAGGUCUGAUCACGGGCUCCACGUUGGACUAAUUACAGCGGAAACAUGUUUGUAUCACUCACUACUAUCAUCACUCUUCUUGGCUUCUGUUCUCUGCAUCCCACGUCUGGCCAGGACUGUCCGAGCAGAAUGGAAAUUCAAGGAUCCCUGAAACAGAUCCAGAAACUUCUCUCAGCUCAUGAAGCCUCUUAUGUUCAGAGCCUGCGCAACCUGAAGAAGAAAAUAAACCUACUACAGAGUAACACAGGGAAGCACUCUACGAGAACCGUAAACAGUACCUGCCCCAAACUGGAUGUGCCUUACAAUGGAAGGAAACUGGGUAAAUCACACAGCGUGGGCCAUGAGGUUCAUUUUUUGUGCGACCCUGGCUAUGAACUUGUGGGAACAGAGAGCAGAAUUUGUCAGGAAAGUCUGAGCUGGAGCGGCCAGCAGCCAAUAUGCAAAGAAAUCAACGAGUGUGCUUCCAUCCCGUGCCUGAAUGGUGGAACGUGUUUGGAUGACGUUAACCAGUUUUCUUGCGUCUGUCCUAAAGGCUGGGCUGGAGAAACUUGCCAAAGCCCCGUGCCAACAUUCUUUGGUACCAUUACAAACAUUUCCGCUGCCACGUUCCCAACCUCUGCUGCCUCUGCUACACUGGCAUCCGACACGGCUGGCUCCUUUGUGCGUCCAUCACGCUGCAGCACUGUGCAGGGGACCACCCACUGCACUUGCGAGCCAGGAUACACCAUCUCCGGCAGAGACAGCACCACUUGUACCGAUAUCGAUGAAUGUGAGCUGUUUCAUAAUGGACAGGCCGGGAGACUGUGUUUACACACAUGUGUUAACACCGCUGGGGGUUAUCGCUGCACCUGUCCCGCUGGAUACAAUGUGACCCGCGAUGGACGCAGCUGUAAAGACAUUGAUGAGUGUGCCAGUAGACAAAAUAACUGCACCAGGGAGCAGACCUGCAUCAACACAUACGGAGGCUUCCAGUGUGUUCGCGUGGACUGUCCAAAAAAUCCUCAUGCCACUUACGUUAAAACAUCACCCAUGCGCUGUGAGCGAAAUCCCUGCCCUGUGGAUAACAAGCUGUGUUCUCAGGCUCCAAAUUCCUUCUCCUACCAUUACCUGGCAGUCGUAUCCAACCUGUCAGCCCCCCGUGUCAUGUUCCGGGUUUCGGCGUUGCGUCCAAUAGGUGACACGCUUCGCUUCUCUCUGCUGGGUGGAAGGCAGGCUCGGCGCCACUUCACAGUCCAGCGUUCAGAUCGCCUGACAGGUCAGCUGAUGCUGAGCAGCCCAGUGCAGGGCCCUGCCACUCUGGAGGCUGAGGUGGAGAUGAGUGAGCUGGAGAGAAGGGUCCAGCUCGGCAGGUACAUAACCAAAGUCACCAUGUUUGUUUCUCCAUAUGAGUUCUAAAACAAAAGAUGGGUAGGAGUCAAAGGUCAAAAUAAAUGCUAUUCAACAUAAACAUAAACAUAAACAUAAACAUAAACAUAAACAUAAACAAAAACGUUGCUCUUGCACUGCUGCUUGGCUGUAUUCGAAGACAUCCAUGCAUUGCUAAACAAAUGCUAUUAUGGUGUAAUUCUUUUCAUGAAUUCAGCAACACAUUCAUUGUGUAGACCACGUGAAAAGAAAUAAUUCCAUUCCAUUAAAUAAAUUCAAUUGACUUAAAUCAUUACAAAUACAGGUUUAUUUGUCGUCGUAUGUAUGCCAACAAGUUAUAGCGACAGGCAGAACAAUGAAAGGCUCUUUAAUGGAAUAGGCUACAAUAAACCUGUGUAUUGCCCCUGGCCAGUCGUAUAACUUAAGAACAGAUUUGUGUUAAGUUAAACUGACCAACUUUUCACACAAAUAGUCAAUAUGUCAGUAAAAUGAGACCAGAUUAUGAUUUUUUUUUUUAGUACAUAUAUACUAAUUGUGAUGUUUUUGUUUACUGGUGUGCAGUGAGAUUUUUCUUAUCUAAAAUGUAUGUCUUGCCCAAUAAAGUUUGGGAAAGCUGUUAUAGACGUUACUGUUUAAAGCACUAGUUCUUCACGUUCUGAAGUUUGUUGCCUCAGAUGUGAAUUGAUAUCAUAAAUGCUUUUAGUUCCGAUGUACCUAUGUAUUGAAAUGUGAACAUUUUACAUCUCCCAAAUAAAGAUAAGCAUUUAAAUAGA